AUGGCCGAGACGAACUCCGCCAGUCCGAUGAAGCGGGUAUCGCGCGCCUGUCUCCAUUGCCGGGGCAGGAAAAGCAGGUGUGAUCUCGAUGCCGGUGGCCAUCCGCCCUGCACGCGAUGCCGAAAAGAAGGGCGAGAAUGUGUGCUGGGGGGGUCGAACCGAGGGGGCAGUCGCAUUCGCAAGAAGAACCGCAACGAGAACAUGUCCACCCAUGCAACCUCUCCCCAGAGCAAUGCUCGAGAGCUCUCAGCAUCGGCUACAGCCCAGUCGGCGCAUCUUCCUCCUCGGCCUUCUCUCAACGCGCCUCAACAGUACCAAACGCCGCGGUCGGAUAACACGGGCAAUGUCGAGGCAGACGAUGAAUCGGUGUCCAUAGUGGACAGCGCCCUCUCCGCGACAAUACCUCGAAAUCCUUCAGAUGCCUGGCAGCUCCUGAAAGAUGUGGCUACUCGGGCUCCGGACGAAGCGCGGCCCGUGCUGGGAGACGCAAUUUCCAGAGCGGAUCAGAAUGGUCUCUCCCCUAAUAUUGCCAACGGUACAGGCUCCGUCAGCGGCGGCUUAGGCGGAAUCGCCGCAUACCGUCUCGUCCGAGAAGGAUACCUAUCCUCGGCGGUUGUGUCGAGCCUGGUCGCACGAUUUGCUGAGCACUACCAUCCCUAUCUGCCGCUCGUUCCCCGGAAGUACUUUGAUCCUUCUGCUCUCGACUCGUUCGCCGCCAUGAACAAGCACCUCCUGACCGCUGUUCUUACCAUUGCUUCCAAGGAUCUGCUCGACGACUCCAAUGUUCACCUUUGUUGCUCACGAUAUAUGCACGACCUCAUCUCCGGCAUUGCCGCGGGGCAUGACUGCGAAGUCGAGGCAGUGGAAGCGCUUUUGUUGUUGGCAGAGUGGGAGCCCCAAGGUCUUCGCGAUCAGACCGAAUCAGUGGGCAGAGGCGAGGAAGACCGUGCCGCAUGGAUGCAUGUUGGCAUAGCAUUGCGGACCGGCUACUUUCUCGGGCUUGAUCGGACCGCAUUCAGGAGCGAAGCCGCUGAGGAAGCAAAGAACGACGGAAGAAAGCGACUGGCAUGGGCCAGCUGCUACAUCUCAGACAGGCUCAUCUCCGUCCGCAUCGGCAAAGCUUUCUGGUCGCGCGGGCCCGGUCCUAUGACGGGCUUGUCGAGCCACGACUUCCCAUCGCUUCAACGCAUCAACCCGGGCGACGAAGACUAUGCUCGCAUCUUCCAGGCCACUCUUGACCUCACCCAGCUGUAUUCCAAUGUCCACGAUGUGCUCUAUUCGGGGAUGCGCACCAGCGGACAGAUGAUGCUUAUGGGCGACUACGUCAAAUAUGUUGACGAGUUCCGAUCAGCUAUUUCGCAUUGGAAUCGCAUAUGGGGUACCUUGAUGUGCUCCACGCACAUCAAGGUCACGCUGCAAAUGUCGUAUGACUACUUGAGGCUCUACACAAAUGCUUUCGCCUUCCAGGCCGCUAUCUCGCAGGCAAUCUCCAACCGGCCCAAAGGGGAUGAGAGGCCUUUGAGCGAUCACCUCAAAGGCGUGUUCAGCAAUAUCGGAUCCAUGCCGGACGCACGCUUCAUCUACGAGUCCCUGGCCGCGGCCAAGAGCUAUCUUACAACGCUGAACUCCAUGGUCGAUCCAGAAAAGCACCUUCGAUACAUGCCACUUCGCUUCUAUCUUUACGCCAUCUACUCAGCCGUCUUCCUCUACAAAGCCAGGUCAUACGAUGUCAUGAUCCAUUCCGAGGAACAGUCCGUCCGCGAAAUGAUCAUCCACACCAUGGACGUUCUGAGACGGGCCAGUCUCAGGCCCCAAGACGCCGGAUCUCGGUAUGCAAGACUUCUUGAGCUGCUGUGGCAUCGACCACGUUCCAGCACGGUCACCGAAACACCGGCGAAUGAGCGCGCUGAAUCACAGCAUUCGGGGUCUCUGACGGUGGAUACGGGAGGGUACAUGCAGUUCAGCCCGGCGAAUGAUUUCUCCUGGCUUGACCUCGAGGCUGUGGGCGACUACGUGUCGGGUGACCAGCUCGGAGGGGCCACGAUGUUCGCCCCGAUGGCAGCGUGUCAGGCCCAGUCGACAAUCGCUCCUAUGGUGCAGAACGGCGCGCAAUGGCAGCAGCCAAGCGUCUACAAUUGGCAAUUCGACCUCAAUGGGAACCUACUGUUUUGA